AUGGCGCCCACCACUACUACAAAGACCGUGGAGGAGCCUGUAGGUGUCGCGAAGCCGCACACUGAAGCCAGGGUUGAUGCUGACCUCCCCAAGCCCAAGGAGACUAAGGAAAUCCCCUCCACAUUGGCGGAGAUGAAGGGGAGUAUCGAUGAGAGCACAUUCGAGCAGAUUCUGGAGAUGGAUGACGACGAUAGCGACAGAGAUUUCAGCAAGGGUAUUGUGUUUGGCUUCUUCGAUCAGGCUGAGAGCACAUUUGUCAAGAUGGAGGAUGCUUUCGCUAAUCAAGCCUAUAGGAGGCGGGAAGAUCUGAGCGACCUGUCUUCUCUGGGACACUACCUGAAAGGUUCAUCAGCCACUCUCGGUCUCACCAAGGUCAAGGAUGCAUGCGAGAAGAUUCAACACUACGGAGCCGGCAAGGACGAGACCGGUUCGACGGAUGAGCCAGAAAAGAAGACCUCCCUUUCGCGCAUUGAGAAGACCCUGACCCAGGUGAAGGAGGAUUACAAGGAGGUCGAGGCCUUCCUGCGCAAGUACUAUGGCGAAGACGAGGAAUCCGCUUAA